AUGAUGUCCGGCGGGAACUACUCGACUAUUGACAACCAGAAAGUCUCUGGAUCUGUACCUUCUGUUCCAGAUCCAGGCCAUACCACCGUCAAAUUCACAGAAUCAAAUCUACAAACUUUUCCUCCAUCUGCUACUCAGGGCAAGAUCUCUGGUGGUAGUAAUCCCCCUCGAGAUGCUGACGAUACAUUUUCUGGACAUGGUAAUGGUAGUACAGAUGAACCUCAAUCUGGUGGCUGGCUCCAUAAAUUCACUGUUGGUGCUUACAAGCCAUUCUUCGAUGUCGACACUUCGGAUGUUGUAGAGAGACUUAAAGAAUCUCUCUUCCCAUUCCGUGGAACAUUUACAGAGAAGACAGCUGAUAAGCCUGACUUGUAUGGUCCAUUCUGGAUAUGCACCACAUUGAUAUUCGUGGCAGCAUCUAUCGGCACAUUUGUCACAUACAUAGCACACAAAUGGAAGAAACAAGAAUGGAACUACGAUAUUAAUCUGGUGACUUGGUCUGCAGGAGUGUUCUAUGGAUAUGUCACGAUUGUUCCUCUAGCAUUAUAUGUCGUUCUCAAAUACUUCUCUGCACCAUCAGGCCUAGUCCAACUCUUCUGUCUCUACGGCUAUUCCCUGUUCAUCUUUAUCCCUGCAUUGUGCCUCUCGAUUGUGCCAGUGGAGAUCUUCAGAUGGGUUAUCGCGGGUGUAGCCGGGUUCAUGUCUGCAACAUUUGUGGCUCUAAACCUCAAAGCGCAUAUCAAUUCCGCUGGAGAGAGAUCGAUCCUGAUUAUCGCGAGUAUCUUUCUUUUGCAGCUCGGUCUUGCGGUUGUGUUGAAGCUCUAUCUCUUCACUGUCACCGUCAUAAUUAAUUUGGAAGUUGAGAUUCUUGAAGAUGAUGAGUUUGGUUUGAAUGUUUGGUGGGUUUGGCAAUGGACAGGAGAAGCUGGUUAUGGCGGAGGAAAUCAUCGGAGAAAAGUCCCGGCGAAACUGAGAGUAUUGGCUCUGUCUCUUCUCACUCUGAAAGAUUCUCAGACGAUCAGAGAUCUCAAUCGCCGGAAUUAUUCUCUAAACCGGUAA